CGCGCAAGGGGAAUCCCCUACGGUAAAAUUGCUCCCUUCCUUUCUCAACGCUUCGGCCUUCCCUCUCCUUCCUCGCCGGCGACGGGGUGAGCAACAACAGCCAUCCGCCAUGGCCUUCUCUCUCCUUCCUGAACAGCGACGAGCGCCUCCAUCCUCAACGGCGACGGGGCGGAGCAGUUGGGAGAAUCGAGGGAAAGGAAGGGAGCGAUUUCCGUUUGGAACAACGACGAUGGUGAUUAGGAUGAUGAUGACAACGACGGGGAAAGAGCGGAUCAGAUCCGCACGCUCGCCGACCGACGAGGAGCAAUUUUGCCGCCGCCGCCGGGAUUUACUUGGGAGAAUCGAGGGAAAGGAAGGGAGCAAUUUUGCCGCAGGGGAUUUCCGUUUGGAACAACGACGAUGGUGAUGAGGAUGAUGAUGACGACGACGGGAAAAGGGCGGAUCGGAUCCGCACGCUCGCCGACCGAUGGGGAGCAAUUUUGCCGACCGACGGGAUUUAGGGCAAUGUCUCGGCGGUGGCUGUCGUUGUUCUAUUUCUGCUUGGGGGCGACAUAUUUUGGGAAUUGGGGUUUUUGGGAAUUGGGGGCGGAUAGGGAUAGAAUUGUCCGUUUAGUUAUUUAGGGCGUUAAAUUUUGAAAACUUAGGGCUGUGAAUAGGAACCCAGUUUCUAAACCUGUAACAAACAUGUGUUUCCAUC